AUGUAUUUGAGUACGGCCACUGAAAUAUGGCAAGAUCUUGAGGAAAGGUUUUCACAAAUCUCAGGACCUCAAUUUUAUUCUUUACAGCAAAAUCUGAGUGAAAUCUCUCAAGGAUCUUCUUCCAUAAUUGAUUAUUUCACUCAGAUUAAAGGAAUCUGGGAUGAGCUUAGUGCAAUUAGGCCUCUGCCUACUUGUACUUGUAAUGGAUGCAAGUGUAAUCUCACACAGAAGUUCAUGGAACAGCAAGAUGAGGACAAGCUUAUACAAAUGUUAAUGAAGUUGGAUAAUCAGUAUGCCAAUGCCAGGUCAAAUAUCUUGAUGAUGCAGCCUUUACCUAAGCUAUCUUUGGCUUACAGGUUAUUAUUGGUUCAAGAUGAGAAACAAAGACAGACUUCAUCAAAUCCUUCAGCAGGUCAGGUGUAUGCUUACAAUGUCUCAGAGAGUACUAGAGAUCAAUCUGGUGAAAGCACUUCAACAAGCUAG